AUGAGUGGGCUCCGAGUUCCUGCAGCGGCAGGCACUGGGGGAGGAGCCGGUGUCGGCAGAGCAGGAGACCAGGGGGGAUCAGCGGCUGCGGCUAUGGAGACUAGUGCACCAGCUACUGUCGCUGAUAUUACUGAGCACUGGGUUAGGAUGAUCUCUCGUGACAGGGAGCAGUUGGCACAGGAGGCAGCUUCCAUUCGCGAGCAGCUGAGACAGGAGGCUGAGACCUUGGCACAGCAGCGGCAGCAGCGACCACGGCUUGGGCUACCGUCGUCGCAGCAGGAGCCACAGCAGCAGGGCCAGCAGCAGCAGCAGGGGCAACAGCAGGCCCAGCAGCAGCAGGGUCAGCAGCGGCAGGGUCAGCAGCAGUCUCAGCAGCAGCAGCCGCAGCAGCAGCAGCAGCCGACAGCCACCGACACUUCUGGAGGAGGGGCAGCAGCCGCAGGAGCAGCAGGUGCAGGGGCUGGGGCUGCCACGGACCCUGCUCUACUUUCCAGGGUGGCGGAGAUUAGGGACGCCAUCCAGGCAGAGACGGUACCACCAGAGUUUACAGCGCUCAUAGAGACAGAGUCCGCUGUACUAGCAGCUGACUUGCGAGCCGUCGUUAAGACCGAGAGGGGUCUGGCGAAGACUCGCAAGCAGUUUUCUGAGGGACAGGUGGCGCACUGCAUCCCGAAGAACUUUGUACCUGAGCUCCACCUCCACACUACAGAGGCACAGGAGCAGCUUCGGACUAGGAUGCAGGAGCUUCAGCAGCACGCACAGGGACAGAUGCAGCUGAUUCUUAUCAGCGGCCAGGUGGAGGACUUGCAGCAGCUUCAGACUCGGGUCACUACCUGGCGUGACAGGCUUCUCGUGACGAUAGACGACCGACUUGCGAGAGCCUGUGACGUGGGGUUCCUUGCGCAGCAGUUUGCAGCAGAGCCGGCACGCUCUGCUAUCUGGCAGAGCAUCCAGACGCUGAGGGUUAGGUGCCACGCUGCUGUUACAGACGCACUCCUCCGUGUAGGGCUGCAGCACCGGCAGUACGCAGACACUGAGAGCAGGCGGGUGGAGCAGCAGCAGCGUCAGAGAGAGCGACGUCAGGAGCGGCGUGAGCAGGCAGAGGCGACGCCUGUAGACCAGACCAUGGGAGAGUUUGUCCCCAGGGAGGUCGAGAGGCAGGUGGGCGCCUGGCAGGACGAGGCCCGGGAGCAGCUUCGUCGCAUCCUCGAGCGACUUGACCGUUUGGAGGGGCGGCGCUCAGGGCAGUCAGGCCAGCAGCAGCGAGGCAGGACCAGGACUAGGGAGGUUACGGGUGACGGACGCCUGGAGUCCGUCUCUCCUGUCCGUAGCCGCACUCCGCAGGGCCGACAGGGCAGCCGCUCACAGCCUACUCAGGGAGCGGGUGCACAGACUGCAGGUACACAGGGUGCAGCAGGACAGCCUUCCCAGGGUCAGGGAGCAGCCACCACGACCCAGCAGCGCCCAGUGACACAGACCCAGGGGCAGCAGCAGCAGGGUCAGGGGCAGCAGCAGGGUCAGGGGCAGCAGCAGCAGGGUCAGCAGCAGCAGCGGCAGCAGCAGCAGCAGCAGCAGCAGCAGCAGCAGACCCAGCAGCAGCAGACCGGGACCACACGUCAGUCUGAGCAGGCCCCUGCCUCCACUCAGGGAGGCAAGGGGAAGGGCGGCGGUGGCUCCACGAGUUUCCAGGACCGCAGAGGCGGUAGAGGAGGACGUUGGGACCGGGGAGGUCGUUGGGGGAGGGGUGGACUGGACGGCGGGUGGCAGGACCGUGACAGUUGGUCACAGCAGCCGUUCCAGUCUACCUACCAGGGCCUAGCACAGCAGCAGCAGCCGUUUAGCUCUUACGGCCUGCAGCAGCAGCAGCAGCCGUUCGGUCCUUACGGCCUGCAGCAGCAGCCUUCUUGGCAGUACGGACAGGGGGGGUCCUCUUUCGGCCCCUACCAGGGCUCCUUCUUCCAGGGUCCCUCGUACUUUCCCUUUUCUGGCGCACCUGCGCAGCAGCAGUUCUACCAGCAGCCUUUUUUGGGGCCUUCUUUCCAGCAGCAGCAGUUUGGAGCACCCCUCCGGCAGCAGCAGUUUGGAGCACCUCCUCCGACCCCCCCACAGCCCCCCCUGCCACAGCAGCCUCCACAGGACCAGGAGCAGCUGAGACAGGCGGUGGAGCAGUUUCAGAGGAGGGUCAGGCUGGCUUGGCAGUUCCGGGACAGUCGCAGACCAGUACCCAGGUUCAGAGUCCCACGUCCCAGCUGGCAGCCGAGUUCGGGACCAGAGGAGGUUGAGGAGUACCUGGCCGGGGUAGCUGACAGGGUAGAGGGUUUGUCGGAGCUGAUAGGGGGGCCAGCGCGGCCCAACGUGAGCAGGAGGGUGUUGGGCGCGCUGCAGAGGUUGAGUCGGGACCGGUCUAUAGUUAUUAAACCGGCCGACAAAAACCUUGGGAUUGCGGUGUUAGACAGGGAGUGGUACGAGGGGGAGGCGCUGAGGCAGCUGGGGGACAGGGCGGUUUACGAGCCGGUGGCUAUGGUGCCGUUGCAGAGACUUUGGGGGCAGUUGUGUCGGUGGGCAGAGCAGGCACGCCUGGCAGGGUUGCCGUCGCAGGUGUUAGACUUUAUCCUGCAGCCACGCACUCCGUGUUUGGAGCGGGCUACCAGAGCUUGGGAGCGGUUUCGGGUGUGCAGAUUCUACUUGCUACCGAAGCUGCACAAGACUCCAGUAGCCGGCAGGCCUAUCUGCUCGUCCACGCUCUGGGUUUUUGAGCAUGCAUCGGCAGUCUUAGACCACUACCUCCGCCCUUUACUACGGUUUUCACCCUCGCACCUUCCAGACUCACUUGCACUUUUGCACCAGCUAGAGGACCUUCGUGUGCCAGCAGAGGCUCUCUUCCUGACCUACGACGUUGAGAGCCUCUACCCAUCGAUCCCUAUCGACGCAGGUAUCAGCUGCAUCGAGAGGUGGUUGCUUCGGUGGGCAGCACAGGGGAGGAUUGCAAGGGGGGUAGCAGACACACUGGUGCAGCUGUUGGGGUUGGUCAUGAGGCAGAACCACCUCGAGUUUGGUGGUCGUUUUUGGCGGCAGGUUCGGGGGACUGCUAUGGGCACGCCUGUAGCAGUGAUCUACGCGGUUCUGUUCAUGGCUUGGUUAGACGAGAGGUUGCUAGAGACAGAGCCCGAGUUGUCGCAGCACGUCCUUCUCCACCGCAGGUUCAUAGACGACGGGGUGGUGGUUUGGACGGGGACACGGGAGCGGCUGCUGGAGUGGGUGGGGGCGUUUGGUGGGUUGGAGCAGACUAUUCGACUGACCCACGAGAUCUCCACCUCACAGUUCACCUUGCUGGAUAUCACGUUCAGCAAGGGAGAGCUCUGGCAGACGACGGCUAUCUUGGACACCACGACCUUCCAGAAGCCGCUCAACGUGUACCAGUACUUUCCUUUCUCCUCCGCGCACCCCUCUCACUGCAAGAGGGGCUUCAUCUUGGGUGAGCUGCAGCGGUACAUUCUGAGGGAGUCCAGUUCUCGAGGGUUUAGGAGUAUCAGGUCGGCCUUCUACGCUCGGCUGCGGGCGCGGGGGUACCCAGACACUUUCUUGCAGCCGAUCUUCAGCAGCAUCUCCUACGCACGACGCCCGGAGCUUCUUGCCAGGUCACGGGCUCGGGGGGAGGGGGAGCAGGAGGCGCAGCAGCGGGUUCUCCCUCUUGUUCUCGACUUCCACCCGAGUGUGCAGCAGGUCCGCUGGGGUAGGUUGCUGGCCUUCCCUCCAGAGGCACCAGCGUUUGAGCAGCUUUCUCACUACAGGGCACCUUUCGUGUCCUACAGGGCACCUCCGUCGCUCCGACAGCUACUCGUGCGAGCGUCGUUCAGGUGA